AUGGCUAGGGCGUACCCCGGAGGCGACGGGCGAGGACAUCGCCGUACACUCGCGAAAAAUGGACUACGGCUACCGUAUCAUGAGCGGAUACGGCUAAAGAAGAUAGCCCAGAGGAGGAAGAAGAGCGUGGGCGAAAUGACAGAAGUGAAGUUAGGUACGCUGAUCGUAGGGAGCAUGACUAGCAGGGGCCAUGAGCUAGUGGACCUGAUGGAAAGGAUAAAGGUAAAGGCAAUAUGCCUGCAGGAGACGAAGUGGAAAGGAAGCAAGACUAGAGAACUGGGAAUUGGCUACAAGCUGUUCUAUGUCGGAGAGGACGGAAGAAGGAAUGGGGUUGGCAUUGUCCUGGACGACGAACUCAAGAAAGGGGUAGUUGAUGUGAGGAGACCUUCACAUCGAAUCAUCUGGCUAAAGGUGGAGAUAGGGGAAAUCAUAGUAUCAUGA